AUGGGUUGUGCCGGCUCGGUAUCGAAGCAAUCGCUUCACGAUGAGCUGGAGGCCACAGAACGGGAAUUGGAUACAGAACGCCGAAGGCUGCAGGAGAAAGAUUUGCAGAUCGCCAGCGUAUCAGAAUGCCUGCAGCGGCAAUUGCUGGCUUCGGAACAGGAAUCUGCAAAAUCUCGCUCAGUGGACGACUUGCGCUCCGAGUUGCAGGCCAAGCAGCAACUACAUGCAGAAGCUCUGCGUACCCAGAAAGAAAGACUCUGCAAGCACCACGAGGAGGAGUUGCAUACAACGCUCAAGGCUCGGGAAGAAGAGCUUUCUCGCAGUCUUGGCGUUCAAGAGGAACGCGCUCAGGCAGAGGCUGCCAGCCGAUGUGAAGCAGAGGAAGUGGCCAAAGCAGAAGUAGCAGCCAGGAUGUCUGAGGUCGAGGCUGCAGCUCAGAAGCAAGCCCAACGACACCGAGCAGAGGUGGAGGCCGCCAGAAGUGAGCUUCAAAUGCUCAAAAGCCAGACAGCAGUUCGGGGAUCACGGCGUGCAAUGCUAACGCUUCUGGCGCGCUCUCGGUGGCGCUUCUUCGGGCCUGAACAUGCUUGUGCAGUCAGGGUUCAGCGGCGUUUUUUUGCAAGAGAGCCGGCAGAUGGCACUCAAGGCUUUAAGCGCUUCUACGAGCAAGUGCAGGAGUACAAGGCAGACGAAAGCAGGUUGCGUGACGGCUGGGCCUGGAUCGGCUUCGUGGAGCACAAGCUCGAGGAGACAAAGCUCAAAGCAACAAAGAUACGAAGGAAGCUGCGGUAUCCGAAUGAUGCGGAGGGGCAGGCAAAGAAAGCCGAGCAGCAGAAGUAUUGGGAAGACGUCAAGGUUGCUCCUCUCCGGGCUGAGCAUGUUGAGGCUACAGAGAUGCUGCGGGAGGCACGAAAGUCUCUCAAAUCAGAGCAGGAGGAGCGUGCAUCUGGGAGACACGCCACGGCUUUGGAGGAUCGCUUGGCAGAGGCCCAUCGCGAGCACGAGCGUGCUGAGCAAAGGCAUGGUGAUGUGACUUCGUUUUUCAAGGUUCAACUGCGAGACUUGCAUGAAGAGCUCCAGACACGUGCGGAGGACCUGCGAGAGCGAGAUGCGGUUGUCCUUCGCAGAGACCAGGAGCUGGACGAAGUGAACGGCCAGCUGAAGGAUUUGCAGGGCCUUUUCGACGAAGUGAAUGGGCAGCUUCAGCACGAAUGUGGGCGCAUCGAGCGUCUGCAGGGUGCUGUCACACAGUGUGCGAAGCAAGCCAAAGAGCUGGACUCCCUGCAGAACAUGCUGGAGGAAUCCCAUCGCAUGCUCGCGCAGCUGCGUGAAACUCUCGAGAAGGAAAGAGCUGAGCGCAUGAGAGUGGCGUCACUUCUGGAGCAUGAACAGCAAAGGACACAGCUGCUGUUGGACGUUUUGAAGCAUUUCAAGGAGAAGCUUCAGGGUCUCACUCCACAGAUGCUGCUCAGCCGGCUCGGCGUUAACGAUCCAAAGGCGCUGCUGUCAAGCCCGACGCUGAACAAGCUGAUCAGUGAAGCAUCAUCGGAUCUCGCACCUGUCCUCAAUGGGCUGGAAAACUCCAGCAUGUCGGACAUGAAGUCUUCUGCGAGAGCUCCACAUGGUUCUAUGUCGCCCUGGGGUCCACCACGAGGUCCAGGUCUUGCAUGCCGUGGCGCGGCGGCGGAAUCGCCCUGGCGAGCCCCCACAGCAGCCUUUGAGGCACCUCCGGAGCCCUGUGUACCCGUUUCACAGAAGCAGCUUCGACCCACCGGGGCUAGCGCAGCCCCACAAACUGGCGUUGCACGUAGAGAAUCAUAG